CCUGUCUCUGGAGCAGGCGAGGGCCUCAGUAAUAUCCUGCUGAACUUUUUCCAGCUAUGAAGGACAGACUAAGCCACCUUCAGGCACUCUCGGCAUCCAGUCAUGUGGAUACCCGAGAACCUGCAGCAACAGUCCCACAUUCAUUGAAGGAACAUAACACCGACCCUGAGAUGGAGGCCAUAUUUUAUGAGGCCGAUAACAUUCGCCAUGACAUUCAACUCAUCCUUUCGGAUGUGAAACAUCUUGAAGAGCAGAACUCUCGUGUUAGGAAUGAGUUACCAAAUUCUAGCACUGUGAAGCAAGACUCUAAUGCCAUUGCUGCCAGCAUCAAGUCCCGUGCUAAAGAUGUGCUUGCACGUCUUCGCAACAUGGAUAUGCAUGCUACUGAGCUGGAGAAAAAGCAUGGGACCAACAGUGCCCUUUAUCGAAUUGCACGAACACAAUAUGCUGGUGUGAGCAGCAGCUUCCGUGAUGUGAUGAUGGAAUACAACAAGGCAGAGAUGAACCACAGGGAAACGUGCAAAACGCAUAUCCAGAGGCAGCUGGAGAUUGUGGGACGAGAGGUGACGGGUGAGCAGGUUGAGGAAAUGCUAAGUAAUGACCAGUGGAACAUCUUCAGUGAGAAUGUUGUCACAGAGGGGAAAACGGUACAGUCUGCCCUCAACCAAAUCGAAAACCGACACACAGAGCUGCUGGAACUGGAAAGCCGCAUAAGGGGCAUCCAUGAAGUAUUUCUAGACAUGGCCAUGCUGGUAGAAGAACAGAACAGCAUGAUUGACUACAUACAGACAAACGUCCAAAAAACUGAUGCAGAUUUGAAGAAUAUGCUGGGAAAACUUGAAAAUGCCAAGAAAUAUGCGAGGAACAACCCCUUCAAGAAGAUCUUUUUUAGGAGGCGUUAAUCUACACAUAACUGUUCAUUAUUUUUGGACUUUGCUUGGUGUUGUGAUAUUUUAUUGUGUACUGUUUUUUGUUAGGUGCAUUUCUAAAAAUGUGAAUUGAUAUGAAUAAAUUAUAAAUAUUAAAUGGAGGAUAAAACACCCACACUGAUUGUUACUAAGAUAUUAAUACUGUGGAUGAGUUUAUCUUUUGAAUAUAUCAGCCAUGUUUUUUAUAUGUGAGACUGUAUCAAAAGAUUUUCUGGAUUCAAAAAAAGUUUUUUUUCUGUCAAAUAUACGACUAUGUAUGUGUGAAUUUUGGAAUUAAUAAAGAAAUUAUGAAUGUUUAAUUGUGUAUCAGUGUUACU